CAAUAGCUAAACAGAUCAAAAAAGAUGGAUAGGGUUAACGAAGAGCAAUCUUCUGAGAAACUCGAAGCUCAAGCUCACAUUUGGAACCAUGUAUUGAGCUACACAAACUCCAUGUCACUGAAAUGCGCAACUGAGCUUGGCAUCCCCGACGCUAUCCACCAACACGGUGGCCCCAUGAGCCUCACUGAACUGGUAGAUGCUCUCCCGGGCGUCGACAAAACAAAAGCCGAUUGUGUGUACCGUCUCAUGCGAAUCCUCGUGCACUCCGGCUUCUUUGUAUUGGAAAAAAUCGAUUCCUCUAAUUACGAGGAGGGUUAUUCGCUUACGUCUACUUCUCGUCUGUUGGUUGGAGACCAUCCCUUCAGCAUGAAGCCCCUUGUAAUUUGCGGACUUAAUCCAAUCCUAACUGAGCCGUGGCGGCAAUUAGGUAGAUGGCUCCAAAAUACUGAGGACCACACACCAUUUCAUAUAGCUAAUAAUGGGAUGUCAUUUUGGGAGUAUAAAGAGCGGAACCCGAGGUUUAGCCAUUUGCUUGAUCAAGUCAUGGCAAGUGAUACUCCAUUGGUGGCCGGCGUGAUUACCAGAGAUUGCAGGCAAGUGUUUGAGGGUUUGGACUCUCUCGUGGACGUUGGCGGAGGCACUGGAACUUUGGCCAAGGUCAUAGCGGAGGGAUUCCCACAAAUUCAUUGUACGGUGCUUGAUCUUGCACCUGUUGUUGCGGGAUUAGAGGGGACAAGGAACUUGAAGUACGUCGAAGGAGACAUGUUCGAGUUCAUUCCUCCAUCAGAUGCAGUUCUAUGUAAGUGGAUAUUGCAUGAUUGGAGCGAUGAGAAAUGCGUCCAGAUCCUGAAGAAAUGUAAAGAAGCAGUAACAAGAGAUGAGAAGAAAGGAAAGGUGAUAAUCAUCGACAUGGUAAUAGACGAUCAGAAAUGCGACCAUAAAUCGGUCGAAACUAAACUCUUCUUCGACAUGUUGAUGAUGACUAUAGUUGGAGGAAGAGAAAGAAACGAAAAAGAAUGGGCAAAACUCUUUUCUGAUGCUGGCUUCAGUGAUUAUAGAAUUUCUUCUCUUUUGGGAUUACGAUCGAUCAUCGAGGUUUAUCCUUAAUCGUCUCUCUUUUGCGAUAGAAUGCCAUAUGGAAAAAAUGUGUGAUGGGUUCAUUAAUUACCAAGAGUAGAUGCCCAGCUUGAGACUCCGGUAACUCGGAUAGGGACGUCAUCAAAACCUGUUAAAAGUAUGUUUUUUAAUUUAGUCUCUUUUGUUA